AUGAAGCCCAUCGUAGGCGCCUUCAACGCAUGGAUCUGCACGGUCGUGUCAUGUUUCGCCAUUGUCAUUCUCUCCGUCAUUGGGAGCCUCUUUGCGAGUGAUCACCAUAUGAUGAUGGGCUUGGAAGAUGAUCCGCAAGACGGUAGAGCAGUCGCAGCAUCGAUAUUCAUCGCAGUGGCCGUCUAUGCCGGUUUCCUCGUAUUCUGCGGUUUUCAGGCGUGGCUUCACGUGCGAGCGAGUCGACGAGGGGCAAUAUCUCUAUAA